AACGCCACCUUGAGAAUGUUUACUACUAACAACGAGGAAGAACCUCCGAUUGGCCAGUUCGAACAAGCCGCUCUCUCUCACUUGAAUUCAGAACGAUUCUCUGAACACGAUUACUUUCAAGACCAAGCAGUUGGAGGCCCAAUUAUGGAUGAGUACUCAAAAAUCGAAAAGAUUGGUGAAGGUACCUAUGGUGUGGUGUACAAGGGCCGUCACAAAAAAUCAAAUCGUUUGGUGGCUUUGAAGAAAAUUCGUUUGGAAAAUGAAGAGGAAGGAGUCCCUUCUACGGCCAUCAGAGAGAUUUCACUGUUGAAAGAGCUGGAGCACCCAAACAUUGUGAUGCUGGAGGAUGUGUUGAUGCAGGAGGGUAAGCUGUACCUGGUGUUUGAGUUUCUCUCCAUGGACCUCAAGAAAUACAUGGACAGUCUGCCCAAGGACAGACUCUUGGACUCACAGCUUGUGAAGAGCUACCUUUAUCAGAUCACAGCGGGCAUUUUGUUUUGCCACAUGAGGCGUGUCCUUCACCGCGACUUGAAGCCACAGAACUUGCUCAUCGACGACAAAGGAGUGAUCAAACUGGCAGACUUUGGACUGGCCAGAGCCUUUGGGGUCCCUGUCAGAGUUUACACACACGAGGUUGUGACUCUGUGGUACAGGGCACCAGAGAUCUUGCUGGGCUCACAACGGUACUCCAUCGCCACCGACAUCUGGAGCAUCGGGUGUAUUUUCGCUGAAAUGGUCAACAAAAGACCUCUCUUCCACGGGGAUUCAGAAAUUGAUCAACUCUUCCGCAUUUUCAGAACCCUGCAGACCCCGACUGAGGAGACGUGGAAGGGCGUGACUCAGCUACAGGACUACAAGAACACCUUCCCCAAGUGGACAGAUCCCAACCAGCUUGCCAACAGUGUCAAACAGUUGGAUGAGGACGGUCUUGAACUGCUUAAGGAAAUGCUGAUCUAUGAUCCUGCUGUGAGAAUAUCAGCCAAGAAAAUUCUGAAGCACAAGUACUUCGAUGACCUGGACAUAAGCAACCUGCCACCGGGAACGGUCCCGAAAGAAAUUUUGUGAAUAAAGGUGCGGGCCUGGUAAAGGGAGAUAAAUUGUCUUUUGUAUGGAAGUAAUGUGUACACGUGAUAUACGGGUGGAUAAGUAUUUGUCUUUGAGAGUACACCUGUGCAGGCAAAGAGAGAGAGAAAG